CUCUUCCGGAUCUUAAAUGUACUAAACCGGUGUCCUCAAACGAUACUGGGGCCAAGAAAUGAUGAUGGUGCCUUGUUAGAGGCUUUAUUUUUGGCUUAUCAGAAACGGCAUCGGAUAAACGACUUCGGGAAUUUUCAGCUUAUUUACACAGAUGAAAAGCUGUUUCCCAGGCCUCGUAAGAGAUUGAGAUUAAGGGAGAGAGAGAAGAAAGGGUGAGCUAAAGAAGCUCCUCACCCGUCAGAUUAAACCGCUGCGGCGCAGCCUCGGUGCCGGGAUACAGAAGACGAACCGAAACUCCAGAUCACAGGAUUUAUAAGAUUUAACGCAAACACUACUUUAAAGUACACAGACAGCAAAAAGACCUACAGACAGACUCAGAAAUGAGGACGGUGGUGUUCUAGAAGCGCACGCUCAUCAAUGACAUCCAUGCACCUCGGAGGAAGAAGAACGGCCUCAUGGGACACCAUGCGCUCUUAAAAUGGUCUCGGGCACCGAUGCGUCACCGCUACUUGGAGUUUUCGAGGCCGGACGCAGACGGAUCACGUUUGUUUAUGAUGCGUGCAGACACGGUAUUUUGGUGAAUGAAGAUCUGUUAAACAACUCUGGCAUGUUACCAUGUGGCCACUUUUAUCAAAGUCACUUUGGAGUGGAAAUGUAGGAGACAAGACAUCAAGGGCUGUAUUUUAUAUUUUCUACUCGUAGUCGUUUUUUAGACGAACCAGGACUGGAAUCGGGACUCUUAGUGAUAUUUCCAUAAAGUCCGUUUUUUUUUAUUGUCCCUCACAUGCUUUUAUUUUGUUAUUGUAUAGCAAAUGUUUUUUUUCUUUUGGAGGUGGACAUUAUGAUGACACAUCUGCUGUGAUACUCAUAGCGUUUACUGUAUGAAUAUUUUUAACCGCUGCUUUCCUUGAGCACUUUUUCUUGAUAGCAUUUAAAGUUACAGAGAGAUUUAAUUUCACUUGAUGUUCCUUUAAUCAACCAAAUCUUGUUACAUUCAAGCCAUAUGCAUUUAUUUUUGAUGAAACUAAAGAGGUAUUUUUGUAUAAAGUCAUGAAUUUAGUCUAUUUUUAUGCAUUGACGUAAGUAAAGGGGCUCGCUGUAAUAUUUUACGUUUUGAAAUCACGUAGUCUUGUGCACGUACGUACGCUGUUUUCACAUCUGUUCGGUAAAAGUUAUUGUCACUAUGGCUAAACACUAUCCUCACUUAAAUGGGAGAUGGAUUUGUGUUCCUCUCUGACCCGUUCCCUUGGUUUUUGACGCCUCCAAAUGCCUGUCGGUCUCAGUGUGGCCGGGGCUCUCGGAGACCCCUCCUCAUCCCGCCCGUUCCGUCCCAGCCGCUACGUCCCUGUGUCGGCAGCAACGGCCUUCCUUGUGGGAACCACGACUCUCUUCCUCUGUUUCACGUGUCCGUGGUUAUCGGAGCGAUUCUCCUCCUUGAUUCCUCUCUAUAAUGCUGUGGUCUUCCUCUUUACGCUGGCCAAUUUCUUUAUGGCCACGUUUAUGGAUCCAGGCGUCUUUCCCAGAGCUGAGGAAGAUGAGGAUAAAGAGGACGAUUUCCGAGCUCCGCUAUAUAAGACGGUGGAGGUGAAGGGCAUUCAGGUGCGCAUGAAGUGGUGCUCGACGUGUCGCUUUUACAGACCGCCGCGCUGUUCGCACUGUUCUGUGUGUGACAAUUGUGUAGAGGAGUUUGAUCAUCACUGUCCAUGGGUGAACAACUGCAUCGGGAGACGAAACUAUCGUUAUUUUUUUCUCUUUCUUCUCUCUCUCACUAUUCAUAUCAUGGAUGUGUUUGGCUUCAGUAUGCUUUAUAUUCUUCAUCACACUAAACAGCUGGAUCAGAUUCACUUUGGAGUCACUAUGGCAGUGAUGUGUGUUGCUGGUUUGUUCUUUGUUCCAGUCGCAGGACUUACUGGGUUUCACAUUGUUCUCGUAUCAAGAGGGAGAACCACCAAUGAACAGGUGACUGGAAAGUUCAGGGGUGGUGUUAACCCUUUCACACACGGAUGUUUGAAAAAUAUUGCACAAAUGCUUUGUAGCUCCCAGGCUCCCAGGUAUCUGGGACGGUUGAGAGAGCCUCAUUCUGUUCAGGUUCAGCCUCCAUUUCUGCAUCCACCUUUAUCUGAAGCCCAACUCGAGGCUAAAGCCCUUGAUAACGGCAUCCAGCAGUCUAAAAGUAGUCUGGAUAUAAUGGAGAGUCAGUCGACUGAUGUUGACGCCCCUCCACCACCUAAACCAGAGCACAGAUACCCUGGACUGCCUCAUACACAAAAUGAAGAGUGCAGCUUGCUGACUGAAGCUCCACCCACACCCUCAUUAUAUAAAUACAGGCCCGCCCACAGCAGUCCAGGCAAAAACCACACGUCCUCAACACAUUCAAGCAAAAUGAGCCGAGGCAACAGUAUGACCGAAUCUCCCUCGGUCCCCGUCACCAGCGUGCAGCCCAGCUACCGAUCGGACCCCAGUCUGUCGAGUCGGGGGGGUGCGGGGUGCCGUGGGGGAGGGGAGGGGGCUAGAGCAGGCUCGGGGGGUCUGGGUGGGACCUCCGGGUUCGGCGGGCGUUCUUAUCCUUCCUUCACAGACACCUUCCUCCAAUCGGCAGCAGCCUCUUGCUCUUCCAGCCUUCGUUCCGCCCAUACGGCGCACAACGCCCUCGGUCCGCUUAUCUCCGAAGGCACCACGUCCACUAGCUAUAAAAGCUUAGCCAAUCAGACACGCAAUGGCAGCCUGUCUUACGAAAGUCUGCCGACGCCCUCCGAAAGCCCAGAGUUCGAGUCUGCUGCUCACGAGCUGUCCCCACCCAGACCAAACCCUCCACGUAGUCUUAGCGCAGCACCAGGGGCUCCGCCUCUUUCGGGGUACACGUCCCCGUUCCUGUCUGCUCAGCAGAGGGAGGGUUCUCUCCAGGCCUGCCCUGCCCCCCUAAGACCCUCCCCUAACAGAGCUUUCCUGCGCCCGACAAGCCCACCCCCUUCUCGCGCUCCGCCCCUUUCUCCGCGCGCUCGCUCCUUGGGCUCCCCUCCAUCCGGCCCCUCCCCUGACCAUACACCUCUGGGCAAAUCGCUGUCCUUCGUAGGUGGUGCCGAAUUACAACACCGCCCAGUUGGUUCAGGGGGCGAGACUCUGUUGAUGAACUCGACUUUUAAACAAAACGUGGCCACCCAUCUGUACAAACCUGCAGGAGGGGUGAAGAAAGUCAGCGGUGUUGGAGGAACCACCUAUGAGAUUUCAGUUUGAAAGAUCUCCAUCUGGUUUUCAACCUAUAAUCUCAUUCAGAUGGAUGUAGGGCUGCUCAACCACACAUGCAAAAAAAACACUUAAGACUUCAGAAGACAAAUCCUAAGUGAUAUUCAGUCAUCGGCCACUGUGGAGGACAUCAUGGACCUGUCAGUGUUUUGUUUUGUGAAUAUCAAUAUGGUACAGACACAUUACACACAAUUUUUGGUUAUUUAAAGAAUCAUUUGGUACAAUUGUUGUGUGUCCAGUUAACUAUGAACAUUUAGCCUCGAUCGGCGGGACCACGUGAGACACUCGGUCAUGAUCAGCGACUGACGUCUUGUUGACAGAAACCACACAGCCAGCAGGUGUUUCCACAACCCUCUGUCUCAAAAAUGAAUAUUGUUUCAAACCUCGAUGACUUUUUAGUGUAAGAAUCCACGAGCUGCUAACAACAGCAUGAAAGAGUUGAAGAGCAGGCAAAAGAUGAAUGAUUGUUAUGUAAAGGUGGCUGCAUCAGCCUGAUGGACAAUACGAGUGAAUGUAUCUAUAGACUACAGCACAAGGGUUAUUUUCUUAUCUUAAAUCCUAAAAAUGUUGUUUGCAAGAUAAGUAACUUGUGUCGGCUUGUCAAAUCGAGAGCCAUCCUCUCCUGACACGAGCUCAGCCAAUCAAAAGAGAGUUUAUUUAUUUAGCCAGAUGAUGUCAUUGUUCUGGAUGCCUGCAAGUAUAUACUGGAUGAUGCACAAUCAUGUUGAUGGGUACAUUGAUUUAUUAAAUGUAUUCUUUCUUUUA